CAAAUGAAUAUUGUUGUAAUGAUGUGUUAUUUGUAUUUAGUUACCUUGUCUCAAUUUGUUUAUCUGUAUUAUUUAACAUUUUAAAUUCAACAAAUUUUGAAUUCAGCUUUAUUAGAUGUAUUCUUAUCGUGUUUUUUAGCACCUUUAAGAUGCAUUUAAUUUAUGAUAAUUCAUCAACUAAUUUCUUUUUAUUUUGUAAACAAGUUAAAACUCUUUUAAAUUUUUGUAUUUGCCACACGUUGCAAUUAUUAAAUGAAUAAAUUCCAAAUUUAUAUCCAAUCUAAACAUUAUAUGACCAUGCCGUUUCGUUUUAAAACUUUAUUUAAUUCUUGCCUUUUAAUACUGCCGUAUUUUAUUUUCUCAAUUGGAAUUACAUUUUACCAAAGAUCAUUUUUACAAAUGUUCCAUUUUCCCCUGCUUGUUGUUUCGUGUCACUUGGUUUUAAAAUUUCUUGCUUCGAUUAUUUUUCGGGGCUUAUAUCAUGCAAUUAUAAAAGUUCCUAUUGUACAAAUAUCUUGGGACAGUCAAGUUUCAAAAUUUGCACCUAUUGGAAUUUCCAGUGGUAUUGAUGUUGGAUUUUCAAAUUGGGGCCUAGAACUUGUAAAUGUUUCAUUGUACACUAUGACAAAAUCAACGGCUAUUAUUUUUGUGUUAGUUAAUGCUUUGAUUUUACGUUUGGAGAAAGCAUCAGUGGCACUUUUCUUUAUUGUAUUUUCAAUCUCUGGAGGAUUAUUUUUGUUCACAUUCAAAACCACAGAUUUUAGUACAUUAGGAUUUAUUUUAUUACUAACUGCAUCAUUUGCCAGUGGUUUUCGUUGGACACUAUCACAAUUUGUUAUGCAGAAAGCCGACAUGGGCAUGAAAAGUCCUGUUGAUAUGAUGUAUUUUAGUCAACCUUGGAUGUUUAUUGCAAUAUUUCCUAUUUCAUUGUUUUUAGAAGGUAAUGAUUUCUGGAAUUGGUGGAUUAAUAAUGAAAACCUUCAAUGUUAUCAAAUGGUUGUACGUUUAUUAAUUGGAUCAUGCCUUGCUAUUGGACUUGAAGUAUCCGAAUAUUAUGCUGUAUACAAAACAUCAAGCAUUACAUUAAGUGUAGUUGGUAUUAUCAAGGAAAUUUGUAUUUUGAUAUUGGCUGUGGAAUGGAAUGGUGACAAAAUGACAACCAUGAAAUUCUUAGGUUUAGCUAUGUGUAUGAUAGGUGUUAUUGGACAUGUGUGGCAAAAGUUUUCAAGAUCAAUUGAAAAUCGAUAUGGUAUUAUUGACAAUGAAGAUAAUAAACAUUUAACGUUACCAGAUAGUGAUUCUGACUCUGGUGAUUCAAAUAGCUCAACUGAAGUGCUUUUUGAUAUAUUAAACAGGAGACGUUCGUAAAUAAUAUUGAUAUGCUUUAUGUUUAAAAGGCUGUGAAUUUUUUUUUAUUUUUAAACAGAAUACAUUUCAUUUCCAUUAUUAAAAAAUCAACAUUGUUUAAUAUCCAUCAGCUUGAUUGUUUAAGUAACUGUGAUAUUAUAUAACACAAUUAUAUUUAUUAUUUGUUUAUUUAGUAUUUAAAAUCAUACUCACUUAAUUUUUAAUUUACUUGUUAAUGCUAAUUAUUUUUGAAAGCAUUAAGUUUGUUUACAUUCAUUUUUCACAACUAACUUAAAAAAGUCUAUUAUAUUAUGUAUAUUGUAUAUAUUUAUUAAUGUUUUAAUUAUUAUCUUUAUUUUUAUGGAAGGUUUAAGCUAAAUAUUGGUUGUGUGUAAAGGAUUAUACCAUAAAUUAUUAAAAUAGUAUAUAAUCAAAUAUUAUUUAUUACCUUUAUUAUUGUUGACGUAAUAUAAUAUAAUAUGUUGUUUUCAGUACUUUAUAAACAUUACAAAUUAAGUUAUUUUUAUGUGUAACCAUUUAUAUAUAAAUGUCGUGUUUAGCAUAAAUAUCAUGGAUUAUAUUUUUGUACUUUAAUUUAUAUCAGUGCUUUUAAAAUUAAAAACUGUGCUUUUUGUAUAAUAAAUAAUAAUUAUGUGCAGUUCAAUACAA